AUGGACAAGUCGCAGGACCCAGACUGGAUGCAACCCGAAACGGCAGAGACAAGCCGCAGCAUGUCGAGCACGUCGAGUCUUGGUAGCACGUUUAGUGCUGACGACCCUGCUGAUCUGUCGCAGGAAGAUCCAUACCCGAGCCGCGACCUGCUAGCGAGCUCUGCCGACUGCUUACAUGUGUGGGAGAUGGAGCGGAAUGAAGACGUGUCUGACAUGUACGGGGCCAUGUCAAUCCGACCGAGCCUGUCGAGCAAAAAGCACCAUGAACAGCAGCAACAACAACCGGCUGCACCACGGUAUGUGCUACGAGAAAAAUGCGCACUUGCGCACGCGAAGAGCUCCGUGUCGCCACCUGCACCCCUUACAUCCUUUUCCUGGAAUGCGCCAUCACCGAACCUCAUUGUAACGUCGUCCAUCGACACAACGUGCACCAUAUGGGACCUGCCUACACGAACGGCUCUAACGCAACUCAUUGCGCAUGACAGGGAAGUGUACGAUGUUGAUUGGUGCCCUGGGAGUGCGGAUGUCUUUGCAUCUGUGGGUGCUGAUGGCAGUGUGCGUGUGUUCGACUUGCGCAACCUGGAGCACUCGACGAUCAUCUACGAAACGAAUGCGCAGUCUUCCAUGUCUCAUGACCGCAGACGUGAUUCGAAAGGGCCAGGCGCGUUGUACGGGGGAAUGGGGCCUAGUGGGAUGACUGUGCCUCUGUUGCGCAUCGCCUUCAAUCCAUGGGACGCGAACUAUCUCGCGACAUUCCAACUCGAAUCCAACACUGUGCAAAUUCUCGAUGUCCGUGCUCCUGGCAGUUCCAUUCUCGAGCUACGUGGACACAGUGGCCCUGUGAAUAGCGUGGCAUGGGGCCCGCCAAGCCAAGGCAUUCCACGCAAUGGACCUAGCAAAGGCAUGAUCUGUACAGGCGGUGACGAUGCGCAGUGUCUUGUGUAUGACCUGACGAGUGCCACGUUACGCACGGCGUCUGCUCAAGGCCGUCGCUCUCGGAAUAGCCUGUACCAACGGAGCCAGUCGCCGCACGAUGGUUGGCGCGUUGGCGCAGAGGUGCCUGUGCUGGCGUACACGGCGCCGUCUAUGGUGAACAACGUAAGCUGGCUUGGCAUGUCGUCCGCAUCACGGCGUGCAUCUCAUCAAAGCAAGCACCGCAGUUUUUACCGCAAUUUGUUGAGCGAAUGGACUGAUUAUACGUCUCCGUCAUCUCGUCAUGGCGGCACUGAUUGGCUCGCGCUAUGUGCAGGCCAGUCUGUCAAGGUUUUACGUGUAUAG